AUGCCUCAAAAAUUUCGUUGUGGUCGGUUAAUAUUACAUAAAAAUGGAGGAGUGAGAAAACUCCAUCUUUCACAUGGUGGUGGUACUCGUGAUUGUAAAUUGAGUCAUAUUGAUAUGGGUUUUGAUCAAAUUCAUGAUCAACUUCGAGAUAUUUUCUCAUUAAAUGAAACUAAUCGUGUUUCAACAUUAUAUGAUUUUCAACGUAAAAAAUUAGAUACUCAACGAUAUCAAGAUUUUUAUGAUUAUAUCAAUAAAAAUGGUUUAAAAUUUAAUGCUACUUUAUUAUAUCUAUGUACACCAGCAGUAAAUGAACGUACUGCUCAUUCAACAUCACCUAAACAAACAAGAACAACAACACAAUCAAUACAAAAUCAACCUCAAGUACAAAAAAAAAUUUCUCUUGUUGAAGCUGAUUCUUCUACAUCAAUGGUUAUGAUUAAAAUUGAUGAUAAUGAUGAUUUACAACACAAUCAUAUAUCAACAAAUGAAAAUGUAGGUCUCAAUCCUAUAGCUGAAACUCUUCGAACAUUCUCAUUAUCAUCAUUUUCAAAUUAUUCAUUUGAAAAAUCAUUAAAUGGAUUGGUUGAUUAUUUACGUCAUUUAGUUACUCAAUAUAAUCAUGAAAAUAUAUUUCUUAAAUUAUUUGAAUUAUUAUGUGAAUUACGAGUUCUUUCAUCGAUUAAUUUAGAUCGAUUAAAACAGCAAAUUGAAUUAAUAGAUGAAAAACAAGAAAAAAUUGAUAAUGAAAUAUUAGAUAAAAUUGAAAAAUCAUCUCGAUCAGUUAAAGUAUUAAUAGAAUUAAAUAAAAUUAAAAUUUCUCAUAUUGAUCAACAUUCAAUAAUUAUUGAUUCAUUCAAUCAAUUUUAUCAAAAUUUUAAUACCUUACAUGAUCAAUGGACUAAUAAUAAAAACAAUAAUAGACAAAGUGCACCUGUUUUAACAUGUCACUUAACUGGUCGAACUCCGUCAAUAAAUCAUUCAGUUGAUCGAACAUCAUCAACAACUUAUUCAACUGAUCGAACCCAACCAUCAAAUCGUUCAAUUAAUCGAACACCAUCAAAAAAUCAUCCAAUCGAUCAAACAUCAUCAACAACUUAUUCAACUGAUCGAACUCAACUAUCAAAUCGUUCAACUGAUCGAACACCAUCAAAGAAUCACCCAAUCGAUCGAACAUCAUCAACAACUUAUUCAACUGAUCGAACCCAACUAUCAAAUCGUUCAACUGAUCGAACACCAUCAAAGAACCAUCCAAUCGAUCGAACAUCAUCAACAACUUAUUCAACUGAUCGAACACCACCAAAAAAGCGUUCAAUUGAUCGACCAUCAUCAAGAAGCUUCUCGUCUUCAUCACCUCGAUCUCAUUCUCGAAAACAAUCACGAGUAUUAUCACCAUCACCUCAUCGAUCAUCAUCAUCGUCAUAUCGAAAAUCAACAGAAGAAGAUAAAGAUAAUCAUUUUUCAUUAUUUAAAAAUAUUUUAAAAUCACUUGAUUAUUUAUCUAAUGUCUUGGAUCAUUUACGUUUUACAUCAUUUUAUUAUCUCGUUAAAUCAAUUGUUGGUGAAAUAAAAUCUUGUCGAUCAACUAUCAAUUUAUCUGAUUAUCGAUCAUUACGUGAUAGUGAACAAUUAAUAAUCUCAAUAGAACGUCGUCUUACGAAAAGAAUGAAUGAUGAAUAUCAUCAUGCAUCACCACAUGGAAUAGAUCGUCAACUUGACAAUUCAUUUAAUGCAAUAUUAGAUUCAAUUCGACAAUUAUUAAUUUCUCUUCGUCUUUAUCAAUCACAAAUAAAGAAUAAUAAACGACCAAGAACAACACGUUGGUCAUCACCUAAUAUUUCAUCAUCUAUUGAACAUAAUCAUAUUGAAAGUAAACCAAUAAUUGAUUUAAAUCAACAAGAUAUAAAAAUUGAUGAUGAUCAAAGUUCUGAAGCAUCACAUUCAUCAUUAGGUGAUGAAAUUUUAAUGGAAGUAGCAAAGAAUGCAUACGAACAUAGGCCAGAUCGUUAUAAAUAA